CAGAGUUUUGAGCAUGUCAUAGCUGAACAAGUUGGGGUCGUUGGGAUCGUUUGUAUUAGUCGAUUCCAAGGUACAGGGUUGACCGCUGAAACAAAAGCAACCGCAACCAGAACCUCUAUCGCCAUUGUUUGAAGAAGUCGACUUCUUCCGGUGGGACUUCUUACGGUGGAACACCUGCUUUGCUUUAGUGAAAUUCUUCCUAAACCCAUCAUUUUCCCUUUGCUUCUUCUUCCUGAUCUGGGUCCCACUAGUUCCAGAUUCUCGAUCAUGGUCGUCGUUAUCGUCGUCACCACCGCCAUCUGCAACUCUGUGACUGUCACCAACCUCCAAUAUCUCCCUAUCAGCGUCAGACAUAAAUCCCUGUUGGGAACUCACUGCCGACAAAUUAAGGAUCAAAAGAUGGAAGCGGGCAUUUGUGAUGAAAACAGGAGAGGAGAAAGAGAUUCAAUUGCCGGAGAAGAAAUUGACAAAGAGAAGGGAAUUGAAGGGAAUUGGGAAAUCGAGAUGGAAUCAGUUAACGUCGGUUUCUGCGGCCAAGGAACAACCGCUUACCACCUGCACUGGACACCGCCCCUGUAACCAGAGGUCCAGAACAAUAUUCCUUAAUAGAGUACUACUACUGCUAAUUAAUUAAUUCAAUUUAC